AUGUCGGGUAUCGAGAUCGAGUACCCCUCCUCCCCCGAUCCUCUGGUGGAUGAGGCGGAUGACGACAACAACCACAACACCUCUGUGCUUGCACCGCCGUCCACCACCCGCCGCUUCCUGCAGAGUGCCGCUUCCUCUCGCUUCUCAGCCAUGCCUGGCACCUCGCCCAGGAAGCGCAUGUUUGCCCUCGAUGUCGGGAACGAGAUCACUCCCCAGACCAUAUACGUCACUGUCGAGGCAGGGCCGGACGGCAACCCCAUAGCUAAAGCUCCCAUAGGGACCAGUGUCAGGCGGCGGCUCUUCGGAUCCCCCUCUGCACAGCCCAGCCCAAAUCGUCGCGUCAGGACUACGACCACUACCGUGCCUCUUCGAGGCCUGACGGACGACGAGGCCGCAGCCACCCCAAAGCGCCGUCGACGUUCUUCCGGAAGGCCAGGCACACCUGCCGCGGGCUCUACAACCAAGAAGAAGAAACAACGAGCAACGCCAGCGACCGGGCGGACCAAGAAGAUGAAAGGCACACCUGUGCCGAGCAGUGACAUCCUGCAGUCCGAGACCCCAGCCGGCGCAGAUCGUCCGACGCCUAGGAAGAGGGGCAGACCGCCCAAGCGCAAAUCCCCCGACGGGCCUUCAGAAGGAAACGAUGACCCCAGUCUGGCGCAAACGUUGCCGAGGAAGAAGGGCCGUAGAGGUCGGACGUCACUUGGUCCAGAUGAUCUAGAGCGCCUCGCCGCUGCUAACAGUAUCGGUGUCGAGUCCUCAGUCGAUCGCGCGCAUGUCUCGAAGAGUCUAGAGGCGCUAGACGGUGGUCAAGGACCCGACCCAAUCUCAGCUGAUAUUGCAGCGGACGGCGAACAGGCGGAUGAGGAAGAUAUUUGGAUGGGCGGAAUGUCUGACACACCGCUUCCCAAGCGGCGGGAAUCAGCUUCAGCAGCGGGUGAAGAGAACACGGGCGUUUCUGAGCCUAAGCACGUCGUCCAAAGCGACCAGCAGCCCGAAUUGGAAGACCAAGGACCUCUGCCAGGCGAGUCGGAUGACUACCCUCCUAUGCUAGAAUAUGACGACGAUAAGAGAAGUGAUACGGCCUUCAACCCCAGCGAUAAGCCAUCAGAGGUUGAGCACGAUCCUACCGAGUUGAGGGAUCAAGGGCCGCUGCCCGGCGAGUCGGACGAUUACGCACCCCUGAUGGAACACGAAGACAGAAGUGACGCGGAAUCCCAACGCAGCGAACGGUCUGCUGAGGCUGGGGAUGCCCUGGACCAGACAGUGGACCCGGACACCUUCACCAUGAUUGGGAUCGAGACAAUGCCCUCAUUCAGAGGAGACAGGAGCAUGGCUCCGUCAGAUCCACCCGAGAUAGGCGAGACUACAAGUUUCUUUAUCAACAGGACACUGGACUCAUUGAGGCAGGAGAUGGCUGAAAGUGACGAAGACGAGGUGGACGUACUGGUGUCCAGAGGUCCUACGCCUGCUGACGACGAGCCUGAGAGGCCACAAUCAACAGCUUCGUCUCCACAAGACAGAUUUCAGAUGCCGUCGUCACCAGCCCAUCAACCAGUGCGGUACUCGUCUCGAAGCCCAGGAAGGACCGAAUCAGCUCCUGGAUCAGCUGCAGACAUCGAACCGCAUGGAUCUUCUCCUUCACCCAGGCGCGUGCAGAGCAACACCGCAGACAAUCUACGCUCGGGCCCGAAUAGCCUGGGUCCUGAAGAAGAAGAAGAAGAAGACUCGUUCUCCGACAUCCCUGAAGAAGUUCUUGCAGCUGCUGAAAUUUCGGGCGAAGAAGAGCGACAGCAAUUCAGCAGAGCAGGCCCCGGCGAUCAGAUGGAUUGGACUGCGCCAGUCGUCCAAAAGAGUGUAUUGGACGCUGGCUAUGACCAUCUAUCUAGUUCUCUUGGUGAUCAGGCUAUCAUCAACCGCCCUCGCAGCACCCAAUCCACACCUUCCCGAUCUGACCGCACUCAGACGGAUGAUAACGCAACUAUUUCCCAAGAAUCUGCCUCUCGCUCUGUUCAAUCCACACGAGUGUUGAGCCAGAUGAUACAGAGGAGUUCGCCACCCCGUUCCCUACGGUCUCGUUCAGAUUCCAACCGCUUGUUAACUCCAGAUGAAACCACAUCUUCGAGUGACCAAAGCCCACCAGAGGGCCAGAUAGCGUCCAAUGUAGACUUGGGGCCCAUCGCUGCUGAAGACGUGGGCUCUUCGCCCCCCGAGAUCAGAAGUUUCACGGAGGACGCCGUGCUGCCGACGCUGCCUCUCCGGCGAAGCUCAGAAAGCCCAGCAACUCGGGGGCCGGACAUCCGCGUUGAGAGGGUGCAAGAGCAACAUACUUAUCCUGCAGGGCUGCAGUCUUCUCAUUUGACGGGGCCCCGGCCGACUCUGUCUCCUGUGGUACGAAUCGGAAGGACUCUGCAGAACAUACUGUCCGACCCACCAUCUCCGUCCGCCCGCGGCAGCGUCCUUGGUAGUCCCUUCAAGGGCUCCGUGAGAAACUCCAGCCCAUUGGACGGCGCCGCUGUCAAUGAGGCUCUACAAAACAAUCUCUUAUCAAAUGUUGCAACUCAGAACGGUCCGUCCCAACCAGCGCCACACAUCUUCGGACGUCCCGCUCAGUCGCCUCCAAAGCCAUGGACGAUGGCCUUUGCGCCCCUGAGUCAGAUUAGGAAUCUGGUUACGCAGGGCGCCCAGCUGUUUUCGUCGCCGCGCGUCAACACUUCUCAAGCUCUUGACGAUCCUUUCGGGCCGUCAUCUCCGACCACGGAUAGAGGGACUGAGAACAGCCGUGGUACCGCCUUUAUGAAUCGCAUCAGGGAAGCAUCGCGUGAAGGGAGCGCGUAUAGUCACAGGACUGGCCGCCUCACCAUCAAUGGCGAUGACAAGGUGAGGCAUCGCGCACCUAGUCUUCCCCCGGCUAUGCGCAGCCGUGUUGUAGGCCUGGGAAGGACACCGACUUCUCUCGCAACGGGCCUCGACCGCCCCCCAGACAGCCGGGAGCGUGACCAACAGUCAAGCAUCAGCAACGCAUUCGACGGUGUAUAUGACGAUGAGGCGGAUGAGCUGGCUGGCGAUUACAAUCCGGAGGAGGUGCUCCAAGACCAACAACAGGCAGUGGACCCACCAUUAGCACAGAGCGUGGAACGGCGUCCAAGUCAUGGCGGACUUGGCUCUGAAGAGGACGGUGUGCACGUGGAGGGAGAUGAGACCCAGCUUGAGGAUGCACGUGUCGAUGACCAGGGCGAAGAAGAAGAAGAAGAAGAAGAAGACGAUAUAUGGGCUAUCGAAGCGAACAGGACUGCCUCUUCGCCUCAAGCUCUCAUGCCGCCAGACGAUACGAUCAACUCUUUCAAGAAAGACGAAUUGUCCAUCGACUGGGGUACGCAAAGUAUCAGUUCCUUCAACAAUUCGCGCUCUGGGAGAAGUCCGGGUUUCAGACCUGGGCGUAGUGUGCACGAGGUCCCUCCCGAGAAUCUUGAGGACUACUCGCUCGUCGACCUUCACAGCGGAGCCUCCACGCAGUCGUCAGCUAGAAAACCAACGCCCGAAGCCCAGAAGCAGCCAAAAAGAGUCGAUCUUUCCGACUUCUUCUCCUCGUCUCCCAAUUUCAUGGAACGGCAAAGGCGGGCUAAAGAAGCGUCACUGGCCAAAUCCGCAGCGCAGGAGCCUGCUCCCAAGCUGGCUCACAUUGCAUCACCGGAAGUGACCAUCCGGCUACAAGAUCCGGCAUUGCGGAACCCACCGGUGAUGACAAGCGAGCUACCGUCUCCAGCAGCCGGAGCCAGCCAGGAAGGCACAAGAGAAUCUACGGCGUGGGCAGGGUCUACAACUGAGCCUGAGCCAGCCGGCCAAGGCCAAGCUCAACAGGCAGAAUUCACACCGAGGCAGAGGCAGAAUGAUGCGAAUCUGUUCGAAUCGUGGUCCACCUCAUCUCGACCGCUGGCGGGAAGCGCUCAAGACUCGGAUGAGCCUGGCAGUUCUUCACAACCUGGCACCCCAGAGAAUCCCGUUGACUCCAGCUUCGAGGCCCCUGACCUCCGGCCGCUGCCUGAUCCGGAAGCUUCACCAUCUAAGUCAUGCUUACGGUCCCCUUUGAAGCUCAAGCCAGCCGGACGAGUGGUUGAGUUUACCAGCAGCACGCUGUCCAUGUCGAUACCACUGCCGGCGCUUGUUGCUUCACGGAACGAGACUUCUCUUGCUACUGCUCCUGACCUGCCAGUAUCUGGUCCACAGCUUGCGGGCAAAGAGAACCAAAUCCCCUCGUCCCACUCCAUUGUGGAUGUUCCUUCGCUACGUCAACAACACUCUGAAGGAACCGAGAAAUCGCAUCAAGAGACCCACCUUUCACUCUCGCAAACCCAGUGGUCUAGGAGGCAUUGGGUCCUCCUCGACAAGUUUUUGCAAGAAUACCGAAGCGAUCCUGUUGGGUUUGAAAUGCGGUAUGGCAGCACCGUCAUGACGAGCCCACGGAAGCAGGCACCAAGUACCCUGGUUGGCAAGCAGGUGACAUCACAAGGCGAGUCGAUGGUACUGGAGCCGUGGCACUUGGAUGUUGUUGGUGCUUUCAAGAACAUGGACGGCGGUUGGCCAGAGGAUGUACUUGCCAAGAGGCUUUUUGCGCUCCUUGUAGGAGAGAAGAGACGCCGUCUUGGGCUCGUGCCGAAGCGGCGAUGA